GUUUGUUUCUUUUUAUUAAAAUAGAUUUUAUAUCAUCCAAUGACGAAUGCAAAAAUAUAUGUAAACUGAGCUAAAGAGAGGGAGCGACGAUACCAAGCUAGGAGCUAACUAACGGCAUACAAAUGAAAGCGUGACGGUGAGUACGUUGCAGUACAUACGUUGCGUUUCAACAGCGCAAGAAGAAUAAUGUCGUUGGAAGGACAAACAAAAAUGGAAGCAAACUAUCAAGCGACGCCAAGUCCAGCACGAACUUUGACAGGAAUGAACAAUGAGACUGAAGAUCCGUAUCCAAGUUUAUCCGAUUAUCAUGAUUAUGAACCAAAUUUGGAGUUUGAUGAUACAGAACUACAGGCAUCUUCAAAUAAUGCUGUACAGCUUUUAGAAGCAAAGCUAGAUUUGAUUAACAGUGGUGCAGUAGUGACAGGCAUAGAUUAUUUGGAGAGUCCAGUAAGCGAUGGAACGAUUGAAGAAAAUUUUGAAGAAGCUCUAGUAGAUGCUCCAGUUAUAGAAUCUGCUGAUGACCUAGCAGCACUAGAAGGAGAACUAGCCGAUGAAGAAGAUUACCUUGAUAUAUCGAGGCAUGGUAUUGUAGAAGUUGUAGGAGAUGACAGUGCUGGUCGUAAAAUAAUAGUAGUAUCAGCCUGUAAAUUGCCUCCUAUUGGAAAAGAAGCUUUUAAUCAUGCCAAACUCCUCAGGUAUUUGAUGCAUACAUUAGACAAAUUUGUAGAACAGGAUUAUAGUCUUGUUUAUUUCCAUUAUGGCCUAACUUCAAAAAAUAAGCCACCACUCUCUUGGUUAUGGCAGGCAUAUAAAGCCUUUGAUAGGAAGUAUAAAAAGAAUCUCAAAGCACUUUACUUAGUCCAUCCAACCAAUUUUAUUAGAAUUGUCUGGCAGAUCUUUAAACCAGCUAUUAGUGCAAAGUUUGGUCGUAAAAUGAUGUAUGUUAAUUAUUUAGAAGAACUAGCACAAUACAUUAAUCUCGAUCAACUCAUUAUACCUUCACAAGUACUACAGCACAAUGAACAACUUAUAAGCAAAAAUAAAAAAAGUUUACCAACUAGUCCACCUCAAAGUACAGUAGCUACACCAGUUGGUACAACACAAUUUGGUGCAAGUUUAAGUUUUAUUAAAGAAAAUAAUAAUGGUGAUCCAAUACCACCUAUAGUAAAACAAUGUAUUGAGUUUCUAAAUUGUCCAGAUGCUCUAGAAACAGAGGGAAUAUUCAGAAGAUCUGCUAAUGUAGGAAUAAUUAGAAAAUUACAACAUGACUGUAAUCAAGGUUUGCAAGCAGACUUUAAAGGAGAUCCUCAUAUAGCAGCAGUUCUUCUAAAAACAUUUCUUCAUGAAUUAGAUGAACCCCUUAUGACAUAUGAAUUAUAUGAUGAAAUAACACAAUUUCAAACAUUAUCAAAAGAUGAAAGACCACGUAGAGUAAAAAUAUUAGUCCUCGAAAAACUUCCUGAAGACAAUUAUCAUCUUUUAAAAUAUAUAGUACAAUUUUUAUCAAAGGUAAUAGACAGAAGUGAUUUAAAUAAAAUGACAUCAAGUAAUCUAGCAGUGGUAUUUGGUCCAAAUCUCGUUAGAGCACCUCCGUCACGUGGAAUGUCUCUUUCUGCGAUAGGACCUAUUAAUCAGUUUAUAGACUUUCUAUUUACAUUUCAAGAUAAGAUAUUCAUCAUUUAAUUUGAAACAAUGGGUGAUAGCCAAAGGUCUGAUAUCCAAACCAAAUUAAUAAUGAUUGUGUAAAUCUGCGCAUGUAUGUGAACUGCGUGCUUGUACAUGCGUGUUUUUAGUGAGAUUUAAGUAUGGCUGUUCAAUUUAAUAUUAUAAAGCAAGAUAUUUAAAAUACUUUGUACCACAAUUCCAUGAAGAUUUUUUUAGAAAUGUUAGCACAACAAAUAACACUUUAUAUAUAUAACUAAAUUACUUUAAUAUUAUAUUAAAGCAUAUUAAAAUCAUUAAUCUAGCGAUACUAAAACAAUAAUAUUAUAUCUAUUGCUGCAUUGAUAAUUAACUUUUCACUAAUUUUUUGAUUAAUUAAAAUUUUAUAUCACAAAAUCAUAUCUAUGAAAAUGAUAUGAUUGUAAAACAUAGGAAACUUCAUUGCAUUAUGAAGUACAAUUAGCACAAUAAUCUCUUAUUUACACUUACAAUACAAUCUCCAAAGGAACAUAUUUAUCAUUCAUAAUAAAUUAAUAUUGUUAAAUAUUAAAUUGCCAGUCUGGAUAAUGUAUAUAAUUAUAUGACUUCAUAAUCAUAUACCAAAGAUUCAAGGAAAUGUUAGAUAUUAUAUGUAAAAUGUAGACAUAUAUUUAGAUUAAGUAUAAUAUAAUAAAUGUGCGUGUGAUUUGUAAAAGAGUAAUAACGUACAGGAUGCCUUGAUUAUCUAAUUUUAGAAUAUCACUUCUCGAUUUGUAAAAUAUAAUUAUACAAGUAUAGUUAAUUAAAAACAAUCUAACAAUAUGGUGCUUUUCAUAAAUCUAGGUUACAAUUCAGUCAGUAUAUUUACUUUUCCAUUUCUUACAUAUUUAAUUUUUUUUUGUAAAGCAUUACUAUAUUUAUUUUUACAAUUUUCUUAAUAAAUGUUAUAAGAUCAAUAUUUAAAAAGAUUUACUUAGUUUUAUAAAAUUUAUUAAACAUUAUAAUAAUAGUUUAUUUAUUUAACAUUAUAAUAGUAAUUAUAUACAGCAAUUUUCUCUGAAUCAAUGUCACGAAAUAGAAAUGAUAAAGUAGAUCUUUAAUAAUAUCAAGCAUCCUGUUAUCAUAAUUACAUAUGUACAAAUUGAAUAAAUUAAUCGUGUAAAUUUAUUAUCUUAUUGAACAGUACUGAUUUGUAACGAAAUUUUAAGAAAUCAAUAGAAAGUAUACAUAAAAAAAAAAUGCUUACAAACAAUCAUGAAUUAUUGUUUGUGUUUCUUACUGUAUAUUUGAUCAUCUCAUCAGUCUUUGGUGUAAAAGUAUUAUAAUCUUUUUCUAACGGUAUAGAAUUUCAUUGAUUUUCUUCUUAUUGUAUAAAAAUGUACUAAUUAGGAUUUAUAAAUAUAUACAUAUAUACAUUUCCUGUAACAAUCCUGCCAUUAAAUGGAUCAUUAGAAAGUAUUUACACGAGAGCUAUUCAAUUGACAUGCUCUCCUUUAUUUAAAAGACUAAUAUAAUAUCUGUAUAGAGAACUAAAGUGAUUACAUUCCUUGUUAUUUAGAUCACAAAUAGUGUAAUCAAGCAUAAUUGUAUAAACAUAACAUAAUUAGUUUAAAGCACUAUUAAUAUUGAGUAAUUUACUCUGUCAUUCCUUGUGGCAUUUUAUGUAUUAUAUAAUCAUUAGUGUUAUAUAUACACUACACAUAAUAUAUAAUAUUAGUUUAAACAUGAAUAUAAAAUAUUUAAUAUUUACUAAAAUAAAAUUGUAUAUUAACAAAUAUAUCUUCAUUAUAGAGUAAUUUAUUGCUCUAAUAAAUAAAAACAUGCACAAUUCAUGUAUGAAUCUGCAAUCAA